AUGAACGGUGGCUCAUGGGAUGCCACCAUUGAAGGAUCACAGAACUUCGCGAGCUACUCCGACCAAGGAGACAUGCCCCAGGAUUCUGAGGAAAACACAUACCAGGCGAACAGCAUGGAAGAGUACCAGAGCAAAUGGAACCUGCCUCCUGCCAUGCACCGGACGGUGUCGCGGAGCUCUGCUGGGAGCUACAAGAACCGGACCGUUCGUGCUCCGGCACGGAGAACUCGCCCUGGCAUCCCGACAGAGCUCUCGCAGGGAGCGCCGACGUCUGCUUUUGAUGCUUCCGUCUCUGCUUCCAUGUCUGCUGCCGGCUACGGUAUGACCGAUGCGUUCUCGGCCAACAGCACGAUGGCGACUGCCAUGACUUCGGUGCCGUCUGUCGGCCAGAACUACUUCCCGGAUGCGUCGAUGGGACCGAGCAACCAGAUGCUGCAGCAGCAGUACUUUCCAUCGCUUUACCAACCCAGCCUUGAGUCGACAUACAGCCCGGACGGCCUCGCCUACGUCGGUGAUCUCGGAACGGGUCUGGACCAGCCGGUGCAGCAGCACGUGGACCCGGCCUGCACGCAGAUGCACUUUGAGCCCAGCGUGCUCAGCUCGCCGCUCACAAUCGACACGCGCAGCUCGCGGCGGUCUUCUCUCGACAUGGCGCCCGAGGACAUGUGGUCGUACCGGCCGGAGUCGUCGUCGCCUGCAGAGAGCCACGACUCGACGAUGUCGUCUUUUGGCCCGCUGCCCGGAGCGGAGGAGCCCAUGCACAGCGCCAUGGCCAGCGACUUUAGCGGAUCUGCCACGAUGCGGCAGCGCUCCAGCAGCGAGAGCGACACGGUCCGGGACCACCCCCUGUACAAGGAGGCGAUUGCCGACGAUGAUGGGCUGUACCACUGUCCGUGGGAGAGCGAGUCGAACUGCAACCACAAGCCGGAGAAGCUCAAGUGCAACUACGACAAAUUUGUCGACUCGCACCUGAAGCCGUACCGCUGCAAGAACCAGAUGUGCGAGAACACGCGGUUCUCGUCGACGGCCUGUCUUCUGCGCCACGAGCGUGAGGCCCACGCGAUGCACGGCCACGGCGACAAGCCAUACCGCUGCACGUACGAUGGAUGCGAGCGCUCGACCAUGGGCAACGGGUUCCCGCGGCAGUGGAACCUCAAGGACCAUAUGCGGCGGGUGCACCACGACGAGAGCCUGCAGAUGGCAGCGGCUGCCACGCUGCCAUCGCCGCCGCGGACGUCGAGCAGCAGCCACUCGCUGAGCAAGAACCGGAAGCGCAAGAAGGACAGCCUGUCAGGUCACGUGACAGCGGGCAGCCUGCCAUCGCGCAAGGCAUCGUCUCGAGGCAAGGGCCAGCACAACGCGGCAGCCGAGGCCGACAGCAGCCGGUCGCAGGCCCAGAUGCAGGCGGCGGCGGCCAAGGCGCAGCUGGACCAGUCGUUCAAGAUGUGGAGCGAGCACACGGCGACGCUGCGCGACAUUGUCGGCAACUUCAGCCAGCCGUAUGCGCUGCAGACAUUCCAGCAGCUGCAGGACGCCCGGACACACCUGUCCUUCCUCGAGCAGAUCCACACGGCCAUGGCACAGUCGCAGAGCGCUGCGGAUCUCGGCAUCUACGGCCACUCGCAGCAGCUGGGCUGA